CGAAGCGUUGCUAUAAUUUCCAAUAUGGCGAAAAUAUUGUGGCGAGUGAAAUGAGUACGUCAAUUUUUUUCAUAAAAUUUAUCAAGAAGUUAUAUUUAGAAAAUUGCUCAAAUUAUAAAAAUUAUUUAAAUGAGUUAUCUUAAGAUAUUUUAAACCAAAAAUCUGUUUCUAAAAGCGAAAAUUGUGCCAGAAAAGUGAAGACGGAUUUAAAAAUAUAUCUACAUAUACUCAAGUUCUCGCCGAUUAGAAAAAUUUUGUUGGUGUACUGCUGAACUGAAAAUUAAAAUAAUUUAAAUAGCAUUUAUUUUCGCAAAAAAUCUUUUUAAAGGAAAUUCUUAAAAAAGAAAAAGAAGUAUUUCGUGUUAAGCUCAAAUUAAAGAAAUAAAAUUGAUUUAAGCAAAGUUAAAUGAUUUUAAUUUUAAAAUUGUUCAAUAUAAAUAUUUUAACGUAAAAUAGAAAACAGGUAUAUCCAAAAAUUUGCUUAAAUUGGGAAAAGUGGCGGCACAACAAAUUAAAAAACAACAAUUGAAACGGAAAUUUUUAUUUGGAUUUUCUAAUAAUAAAUUACGACAUCCAAUACAUCGUAUCGCUAAACGACGAAAAAAGAGAAAAUUUAAUAUGACUACGGAUACUCGGAGAAGAGUUAAAUUGUAUGCUCUAAACGCAGAAAGACAAUGGGAUGACAGAGGAACUGGUCAUGUUUCUUCAAAUUAUGUUGACAGGCUGAAAGGAAUAUGUUUAUUAGUUCGAGCUGAAGCCGAUGGUUCUUUACUGUUAGAAAGUAAAAUUCAACCUGAUACUGCAUAUCAAAAGCAACAAGAUACAUUGAUAGUGUGGUCAGAAGGCGAAAAUUUCGAUUUAGCUUUAAGUUUUCAAGAGAAGGCUGGGUGUGAUGAAAUAUGGGAAAAAAUUUGUCAAGUCCAAGGCAAAGAUCCAUCUGUUGAAAUUACCCAAGAUAUAGUGGAAGAGUCAGAGGAUGAACGUUUUGAAGAAAUGUCUGAUUCAGCUCCGCCAAUUGAACUGCCCCCAUGCGAAUUAUCGCGUCUCGAAGAUAUAUCAGAAACAAUCGCAAGUGGACUAACUACACCACUUCGCAAAGAAAAGCUAGCAAUGGCAUUAGAAACAGAAAAUUAUAUUAAAAAACUGUUACAUUUAUUUCACGUAUGCGAAGACUUAGAUAAUUUGGAAGGCUUACAUCAUCUUUUCGAAAUAUUCAAAAAUAUUUUCCUUUUAAAUAAAAACGCGUUAUUUGAAAUUAUGUUUGCUGACGACACAAUAUUUGAUGUUGUUGGCUGUUUGGAAUACGACCCAAGUUUAACUCAAACCAAGAAACAUCGACAUUAUAUUAAGAAUUAUGCUAAAUUUCGCGAGGUGAUUCCAAUUAAAAAUCCAGAUUUAUUGGCAAAAAUCCAUCAAACGUAUAGGGUGCAAUAUAUACAAGAUAUGAUAUUACCAACGCCAUCAGUUUUCGUUGAAGAUAACAUGUUAAAUACACUUUCGAGCUUUAUAUUCUUUAACAAAGUUGAAAUUGUGACAUUAGUACAAGAAGAUGAAAAAUAUUUAAUUGAUUUGUUUGCACUGUUAACGGAUCCUCAAACGCCAGAUUCAAAGCGGAGAGAUGCUGUUUUAUUUUUGAAAGAAUUUUGUAAUUAUGCACAAAAUUUGCAGCCGCAAGGAAAAGACACAUUUUACAAAACCUUAACAUGUUUGGGUGUUUUACAAGCGUUAGAAAUUACAUUGGUUAUGAAUGAUCAGGAAACAAAAUCAGCAUCAAUAGAUAUUUUAACGGCGAUAGUGGAGUAUUCACCGUCAAUCGUAAGGAAUUAUACCUUACAGCAAGCUAAUAAGACUGAUGGGGAACAAAUGUUAAUAAAUAUUGCAAUUGAACAAAUGCUGUCAGAUUCCGAGCCAGAGCUUGGUGGGGCUGUACAGUUGAUGGGAGUUAUUAGAAUAUUGCUUGAUCCUGAAAACAUGUUAACGGAAAAAACUGAUUUUUUAACAUUCUUUUAUAAGCAUAGUAUUCAAACACUUAUUGCUCCACUUUUAUUAAAUACAAUGGAUGAUAAACUUCAAAAUGAAGAUUAUCAAACUGUACAAUUAUUGGGAUUAGUUUUAGAUAUCUUAUCAUUCUGUGUUGAGCAUCACACUUAUCAUAUUAAAAAUUUUAUAACGUCAAAAGAUCUCCUAAAGAGAAUUUUAGUGCUGAUGAAAAGCGUACAUACGUUCCUGGUUCUUGGCGCCCUUAGACUUUUAAGAAAAAUUAUUGCACUUAAAGAUGAGUUCUACAACAGACACAUUGUAAAAAACGAUUUAUUUGCACCAGUUGUUGACGCAUUCAUAAGAAAUAAUGGCAGGUAUAAUUUGCUAGAAUCUGCAAUAUUAGAACUUUUUGAAUUUGUUAAAUUGGAAGACAUCAAAACAUUGUGUGUUUAUUUUGUGGAAAAAUUCAGCAAAAUUGUAGAUGAAAUCGAAUAUGUACAAACGUUUAAAUAUUUAAAAACCCGAUAUGAUCAAUAUCAAGAGAGAUUAAAAGACCGUGAUAAGUUAUUGAUGAGAAACAGCCGGUAUCGACGCGAUCAAAGACAGCUGGAAGAAGAAGAGGAAAUUUGGUUUAAUGAAGAUGAUGACUUUGCCGAAGAACUAGAAACAUAUGGUAAACUCGACAAAAACGGCCCAACUCAACAUCAGUCAUCUCCACAACAGAAAAACUCUGCAUCAGUUAGUAUGAUCGGAGCUGCAGCUUCAAAUAAUAAUUUAAAUCAAUCUGUUCCAUCUUUAAGUACACAAAAUUCAAGUAAUAAUCAACAAUCAUCAAGCCCCUCCCAACAUCAACAUCCUCUGCAACAUUUACAGCAGCAGCAGCAACAACAACAAUUGUAUGCUGCAGAUUAUGCCCUUUUAGAACAACUUAAACGGCAGCAACAACAACAGCAAAUUGGCAAAAAUGCAGAAAACGAAAAUCAUUUAUCGUCACAAGUUGAUUCGACAUCUAUUUCUAACAUGGUUGGAGGACAACAACACACUUCAUUAGAUUCAACAUUAAAUUCAAGUGAAAAUGAUGCAAGUAGAAGCUUUUUAGAUUCAGAUGCUACCAGCUCUUCCCUCAAUUCAACUACAAUGUCUGUAAUAGAUUCAUUGAAUUCCAGUCCUGCCGACAGUAUAAAUAUUAAUAAUAAUAAUGACACAAAUUCCAUAAUAUCAGCGACAGAGUUAUCGUCAUCGUCGUCGUCCUCAUCACCUUCCGCAUCAUCAUCCUCUGAUGAAAAUUCUUCAGAUACACAACCGUGUCUAGCGGCAACUCAAAAUACGACAUCAACAACAAUAACACCAACUGCACUAAUAAGCAAUGACACCAAUGUUGAUGUGACGAAGGAAAAUUUUAAUAAAGAUGAAGAUUCACUUAACAGAAACGUAUCGAAUAAUUCUGAUAUUGAUGUUGAGAAAUCAUAUUCCAAUUCUAUACAUGAGAAAAAUGAUUUAGCUUCUUUAACUACAACUCAAACUACCACAUCAUUGAGUAAUUCGACUAAGUAUACAAUAGAUGUAGAAAAUUCAAAUAAAGAUUUUAAUUUAGGUUUAGAUGUAAAUCAAACUGUUAAUGCAACUGGGAAUGUUCUCAAGAAGGGUUUAGUGGAUUAUGAAGGAGACUCAGACGAAGAGGAAGAGGAAGAAGUUGAUACAGUCGCACCGCAACAAAAGAAAGCUCGUAUUGCAUAGCAAUAACUAAAUUAAGAGAAUUAAUUGAUAUUUAUAAUGGAAAAUUAUAUAUUUAAUUAAUGCGAGAAAAGUAACACUAAUAAUUUACCUAAAGUAGAAAAUUUUUUAAGGAAAUUUCAAUUAGAGAUUUCGUUUUUAUUAUAAAACAUAAUUACUGUUGGUAACUUACCGUUUAUAAAUGUUGGUGAUUAAAGUUGCUAAUGUUUGAAAAGGUAAUGAACUAAAAUUAAUAAUUAUUACGUAAUUCAUUCAUUUUUUUUAGAAAUUAAAUGUUUUUAAACUGAUACAAAUUUAAAUCAGCAUUCAAUAUAUAAAAAGAAAACUUGCAACGUACCUCUCUUUUGUUUUUUAUAAUAUAAAAUAUUUUCUAUAUUUUGUGGUAUGUUUGUUUUCUGAGUAUUUGAGUACUUAUAUACCGAUUGCAAAAUUUAUAUAAAUAAAAUUACUAAAAAAAUUCCCAAAUCUUCAUAAUUACUGACGUUGCAAACUCUCAUAUUCAUAACAUUAAAACAAAAAAAAAAAAAUAAUUUAUAGAGCACUAAAUUUAUACUAUUUUAAAUAUAAAAAUUAAUAUUAAGGUAUGUAUUAAAAAUAUAUACUAGUUAAAAAUUACAAUUUAUGUAAUUAUAAAUAUAAUUAAUACUUAAUUAUAAAUACUUUUACAACAAGAUGAGGAGGAAAAAGUUUUGUGAAAAAAUAAGGAGAAUAAAACAAACAGAAAUUAUUGGACAAAAAUCAUUAAAAAAAACAAGAUAAACUAUAAAUAUAUUAAAUAUUAUAUAGAUAUAAAAAAUUAAAAUUUAAAAUAAAAGUUUUAAAUUUAAGUAAAUAAAAAAUAGAUAUAUUUAAAAAAAACAAAGGAAAAGAAAUUAAUAAAUUUUUUUUUUGUUUGUUGUCAAAACAUUUUGCAUAAAUUUCAAUUAAAAAGUAUUAUUUCAGAGUAUUUGUUUUAUAAAAUUGAUGGAGUUACAGAAUACAUAUAUAAAACUUGGCUGUUUCUUAAUAUGUGUAAGCAAGCACUCAUAUUUUCUUAAAACAUAUAUUUAUACAUAUAAACAUACUUAAAAAAGAUUUUUUAAUUCAAUUUAUAUGACAAAUACUUGUUGUAUGAUUUAAUACGUAGAAUUUAAGUUACUAAAAUAUAAUUUAAUUUAGAAUUUGUUUUUUUAAUUAAAAUUGCAUUAUAUUUUACUUUUUCAAUUAUUUUAUUUGUAAAUAUAAACAUUAGAGUGGGAAUUCAUUUAUUAGUUACAAAACAAAAGAACAAAUGUGUGAAACUAGAAGUUUUUACUAUGUACUAUUUUAAUAUUUCUGUGUUUUCUUUCUAACGACCGAAUUAUGAUGAAAAAUUAAUAUGUAAAUGCUAUACUUUUUUUAAAUUGACUGUUAGUUGACUUUUUUUUUGGUCACAAAAUUUCAUAUUAAAAUCAAUAUUUCAAUAUUAAAAAGUUAUAUAGCUAAAGAGUUGGAAAGAAUAAAUCAAAAGUUAAAAAAUCUAAGAAAGAUAGAUAUAUAAAUUAAUACCAAUCCAUCAAAUUUUUUAAAAUAAAAUUUCUUUGAAAAUACUCAUGUGAAAAACUAUUAUAAUAUAAUAAAUAUACAUAUUU